AUGCAGGUUGAGGAGGUCUUCGAGUCCGACUACCAGAGGCCUAACCCGUUCUCGGCCGAGAGCGCCAGAAACGCUGUCCACGCCAGGAGAUGGGAUGCAAAGGUCGACAGGCAGAUCACAAUCGCCAAUGAGCUUUCGAGGCUAGUCAGCGAUGAGUAUCUUGAAGAUAUCAUGCAGCACGCCCGUGCCAUGGAGGAUGAGACAUUACCCGAUGCCAACCUCAUCGACAUGCAGCGCGAGAUCCAGUGGUUCAUGCGGCCCUACCUGAUCGACUUCCUGAUCGAGGCACAUGCCGCCUUUUCGCUCCUGCGGGAGACGCUGUUCCUGACCAUCAACCUGCUCGACCGAUACUGCUCAAAGCGUGUCGUCUACAAGCAGCACUACCAGCUGGUCGGCUGUGCAGCGCUGUUGAUCGCUGCCAAGUAUGGCGACAAGAAGGACCGGGUGCCUCAGAUCAACGAGCUGAACAAUAUGUGCUGUGGUCUCUACGACGCCGGCAUGUUCACUCAGAUGGAGAUGCACGUUCUCAACACCCUCGAGUGGAACAUCGGCCACCCUACGGUCGACUUCUUUCAGUCCAUCAUCUGGGCUGACGAGCAGGACGACCGCGAGGUUCGCGACAUGACGGCCUACAUCUGCGAGAUUGCCCUGUACCACCGUGACUUCGUGUCCACCAAGCCCUCGACCAUGGCUCGGGCCUCCCACGCCCUGGCACGGGCGAUCCUGUCCCGGCCCGAGGUCAAUGAUGGCGAGUGGGACCGUGAUGCUCGGGACACGCUGCUGACGCUGUCGCAACAUCUGCACCAGCCAUCAGUUACGCUGUCGCGCAAGUACUCGUCGAACCACUUCUCGCGCGUCUCCACCAAGCUCGCCGAGUUCCUGGCCAAGCAGGCCAGCAUCGCCAAGCCUCAGGUCAAGGGCCCAGCCACGCCUCCUGCCGAGUACAGCCCCUCGAACCCGACUGCGAACAUCUACAGCACCCCUCACAAGGGCCACGGCUCCGCCCCAGGUGCUGCCGAUGGAUACAUGACACCACCUAUCACACCCGACGGUGCCUCCUUCGGCGUCAACGGCCAGAGCGGCGACUCGUACGCUCAGCUGCCGUCUAGAUGUCCAGUGACGCCCACACCCCCGCAAGCCGGCUUCUCCAGACCCCAACAAGGCGUAUCACAGUUUGUGAGCUACUUCGAGGGCCAGCACAGCAGCGCCGUGGCAAGUCACCCAUAA